AAGAAAAAAGGCUGCAGCUCGGCCUCUCCCAACUCCCAAGCCCAUGUCUUGCACCAAAACUCAAAAAUGAAAUUUGACGCGUUCUUUAUGUGACGAAAAGAGAAAAAAAUGGGACCUUCUCUCAAGGUAGUCCUGCUGUCCUGCGCGGCAGGCAGCUGGUAUCUGUACGGUGGAUUGCUUGUCCUGCUCGACGUCCUGCUGAGUUCACUGCCGCUGCCGCUGAUCUUCCCUAUGCUGCUCACCCUUCUAGUCUACGGCAUCCGCCUGCAGCCUCCGCCUAACUACAUGGUCGAGUCUGUCCUCGGCAAGGACCUUGACCCGGAAGCCGACGAGGACGAAAACGAUGAAACCUCCCAGCAGUUCUAUUUGGACAAAGUGGCCCACCGAGGAGCAGGCUACGAUGCACCUGAAAAUAGCAUUUCCGCAUUUCAAUUGGCUCAUGAAAAUGGUUGCAUGGCAGUGGAAUUUGACGUUGCCCUGACGGUAGACGGAAUUCCUGUAUUAUUCCACGAUAAAUCCCUGCUACGGAUGUGCGAAGUGGAUAAGAAAAUUAAUGACAUUACUUGGGAGGAGCUUUCGAUUCUAGACAUUUCGACAACUCACCCACUAAGUCGAAACUACGCUGGAGAGCAAGUACCAAAAUUAGAAGAGGCGAUUGAAGAGUGUUUGAAGUUGGAUCUUAGAGUGUUCAUUGAUUUGAAGGACAACGAUACCAGGGUUUUAAUCGCAGUUCUCAACAUGUUCGAAAAGUACCCUGACCUGCAAGCAAGGGCAGUCAUUACCUCGUUCUACCCCAAUCUCAUUUUCUGGGUGCGAAGGGCUGUUCCUGGGGUAGUUUGUGCCCUCUCCUGGCGCCCAGGGCUCAUCGCCUUCGAGGACUACACUUACUCGCGGUCCGUCGGCGGACCAUACCGCAGAAGGUAUCCUGUGUUCUGGCAGCAUGCUGUGGCCGUGGUCGCUGAUGUAAUACAUCGCUGGUGUUUAUUCAACAUUUACGACUUCCUCCUGGGCAUUUCAGCCGUGAUUGUUCACAAAGAUUGUUUGUCGCCGGACCAAGUUCGACACUGGCGCAAAAGGGGCAUCAGGGCGAUCGCGUGGCCUGUCAACCUUGCCUGUGAGAAGGAGUAUUUCUCCAGGGCCCUGCACGUCACCUAUCUGACAGACACUCUGAGGGAGUAGGACAAUCAUUUUUUCUAUUACUCUGAGUAGUUAGAAAGAUGCCAUAUUUUUUGCCAAAGUGCACAUUAUGAUCAGGGUUUGCCAUAGAAAAUUCAUCUGCAGCUUUCUUAAUUUCUGUGACAUCAGUUUAUCGGGAUUUAAUCUUUUUGUGCCAUUAUUUCGUACCUUUAAAACAAUGAUUUCUUUACUGCCUUCCAUUUUCCUUAAUUUUAAGUUUAAAAUUCGAAAUAAAUGCUUGCAGAUUUUCAUUUCUGAACUUUUCACGAACCCUGAUUUAGAGAUAAGCCUUGACGUUUAAAAAGACAAAAACCCUUUUCCGUUCUUGUCAGCAGUUGAUGUUAUGCAUAAGUCCCCUUUUGUCUGUCCAAACGUGACAAUGAUUCCAAUGUUUUGUUUCCUCUGUGAAAAUUCUCGCCGCCAAAAGGGAGAAGCUAGUUGUGUUAGUUAAACCGAUUUCUCAACAGCCAUAACAUGUGCAGCACAUUUUUUGCAGUUCAAAUUUUGUAACAAGUGAGUUUCAACGGCUGCUAUUUUGUAUUUACAUGUGAUAUUUUAAAAUUCGAUCAACUUUUGCGAGUGCAAAAGAGAUUUUAUUGGAUUGGAAUUAAUUUGUUCCCUGAUUGUGAGAGAUGUGUUGUGUUGACGUGCGUGUAUUUAUACAUUUUUAUCCUAUUUUUACAAUUGAUUUUACGGUGUUGUGUGUCCCUAAAGUGUAUUAUAGCCUUACCGACAUGUGCUCGUUUUGUAACAAUAAAUCACACCAUGUGAAAAUGAA